AUUCUGUACUGUGGCUCUACACACCCCGAGAGCACAGGCAGCCUCUGUGCUCCAGGACCAUCUGCAAAUAAAAUCUCCAGCACUCUGCUGUACCACUCCUGUUGAGCUGGGGUUUAAAAACUGGAAAAAAACAAAACAGGACACACAAGAAUAGUCAGAAAAAGUGGCAUCUCAUUCCUCAUUUUGUCCAUUGCUCCUAUCUUUCACUGGUCUAAACUUGGCAGGAUGUUUUGGGGGUUUAUACUGAGAAGUUGACAAAUUUCUGCAUUCUUUCAUCUUACUUAUUUUGGGUCUUUUUCUGCUGUUGCAGUAUUUUGGAGGAUGUUACUUUGUGGGUUGGUUAUAAAGUGGAAGUUUGGAAAGUAAAAUAUAGGACUUAAUUUAAAUUUAAUUUGUGUAUCAAUUUGUUUUGGAGAAAAGGGAAGAAAACUGGAGUUUUUUUGGCUUUGACUACUUUGAAAUUCUGCAACGUGGAGGAGCUGGAAAAAAUUUGAAGCAGAGUCCUUUGCCAGCAUGAUUGAUGUCUGACCCAAGCUGAUAUAUCUCCGGAAAAUUUGAUAGACAAACACUCCUUAUAUCCACUGACCUGCAAUGGAUACUGUUUCUGAAUUUGUUACCGAGCCAAUUGGUAUGAUGUCACAGACUUCUGCGGCGAGUGAAACCCAGUGUUACUAUAAUGAAACAAUUGCUUUCUUUUACAAUCGUAGUGGGAAAUAUCUAGCCACAGAAUGGAAUACUGUCAGCAGGCUGGUGAUGGGACUUGGAAUCACUGUGUGCAUAUUCAUAAUGUUAGCAAAUUUACUGGUUAUGGUGGCUAUUUAUGUAAACCGCCGUUUCCAUUUUCCUAUUUAUUAUUUAAUGGCCAACUUGGCCGCAGCAGACUUUUUUGCGGGACUAGCAUAUUUUUACUUAAUGUUCAACACGGGACCCAACACUAGAAGGCUAACUGUGAGCACGUGGUUGCUUCGCCAGGGUUUAAUUGACACUAGCCUGACUGCCUCAGUAGCAAACUUGCUCGCAAUUGCCAUUGAAAGGCACAUUACAGUGUUUCGAAUGCAGCUGCACACCAGGAUGAGCAACAGAAGAGUGGUUGUGGUGAUCGUUGUUAUCUGGACUAUGGCUAUCGUGAUGGGUGCAAUACCAAGCGUAGGAUGGAACUGCAUUUGUGACCUUGAGCACUGUUCAAAUAUGGCACCACUCUACAGUGACUCCUACUUGGUAUUCUGGGCAAUUUUCAAUCUGGUUACUUUUUUGGUCAUGGUUGUGCUCUACGCACAUAUCUUUGUUUACGUUCGACAGAGGACUAUGAGAAUGUCUCGGCAUAGUUCUGGUCCCAGAAGGAAUCGCGAUACCAUGAUGAAUCUUCUCAAAACUGUAGUCAUUGUCCUAGGGGCUUUCAUAGUUUGUUGGACUCCUGGACUGGUUCUUCUGUUACUUGAUGUCUGCUGCCCACAAUGCAAUAUCCUUGACUAUGAGAAGUUUUUCCUACUGCUGGCUGAAUUCAACUCUGCUAUGAACCCCAUAAUCUACUCAUACAGAGACAAGGAGAUGAGCGCCACAUUCAAACAGAUUCUCUGCUGCCAGCGCACGGAAAAUACCAAUGGCCCUACAGAGGGGUCUGAUAGAUCUGCUUCCUCUCUCAACCACACCAUACUGGCCGGUGUCCACAGCAAUGACCACUCUGUUGUUUGAAAAGUACAUAAUGGGCUAAGCCCCCAGACCCUGAUGGGACUCGUCUUCACAGCUUAAAGCUGCCUUGUCAGCAUAUGGUUAGGAGUCAAAAUAACAAACACUUAUUAUUAUUAUUAUUAUUUUCAAACACUAACUACUCCGACAUUUGCUGAAAUCAGAUGAACUAAAGUGAUUGUCAGACACAGAUGAAUCUGAUUCUAAAAGUAUUGAUUUAUGUGCAAAUAACAACUGUCCAAACCAUCCAAUUUUUCAACUGCCAUUUCCUUCUUAAUUUUUUUUUUUUUAAUAAAUGUAUUUCAUUUAAUAAAACAUAAUUUUGUCUGUUCCAUCUGCAUGCCAGUGAUGGAUGUUAUCUUUGGAGUGAAUUGGUAACACUUGUUUAGCUGCACUGCCUUAAAGUAAAAAAGGAAAUAGAUAUUUUUCUAAUAUAAGCAACAGAAAACGUUUUUAGUUGUGUGUUUAGUCUUUCUCCGUUAUAUGAAGGUUUUAUAUUGUAUAUUUUUUUCUUUUGUACUUGUUCCUAGGUGAGAGGCAUUUUUAUAUGAUUUGAAGCAAAUAAGUAAAGCCUGUAAUAUAAAAAAAAACAUCUAGUUUUUGAAGUCAACAUGAUGAGAUAAAUCAAUAACAAAGCAUAACUUUC